AAAUGCAGAAAUCUUCAAGACGAGUUUGAGACAUACACUGAGUCAGUAAAAAAAUUAGGGGAGGAGGUGAAUGGCACAAGUACCACCGGAAGUCAAGACCCUAAUUUAUGCGAGAUCUGCAGGAAGACAAAAUUUGCCGAUGGGAUUGGACAUAAAUGUCAUUAUUGCUUUGUCAGAUCCUGCGCUAGAUGCGGU